UUUCAGGUGCCGAAGUCGGCCGAGCGACCAUUGUUCACUCCCGCCGCGCAUCAAGCGAACUGCAGCAGCGCCGCACGCCUCCGAGGAAUAAUAUACCGCGAGCGGACCGAGACGGCUGCUGUGUCCUCAGUGAGAGAAGAAACACUACCAACAACAGAAGUUUUAGCAGCGGAAACACUAUACUUUCUUCUUUCUUUCUUUUUGUUGUUGCGGGUGGUGUUUUUUUAGUUUCCAGCGCCUGUGCCUUGGAGUAACGUGACGUUUGAACCAGCGACUCCUUCGGCGUCUCCGUCUCUGCGAAACUCAGCGACAAUACUUCCAACUUUCACUGGAUAUUACCGCACUAUCUGGUUAUUUUUGUUUCUGUCUCUGAGCCCGGCCGUGUUUCCUGUGCAGCCUGGACGAGUCUUUGCUAUGGAUGGACCUCUGAGAGGGACCAUUGAGUGCAGCUGCACAUCUUAAAUAGCAUCAGGACCAUGUGGCACAAUUAGCUUCCCGAGUCUCUUCUGACGCGUUUGUGCAGAGCCAGACGCCAGGAUGACCGUGGCGUAUAACUCCAUCGUCAAAACACAUCUCAUCAUCAGCAUCAGACCGCUGAUUAUCAAAGGCUUCCCGAAACAAAGACUUGGACUGUAAUCUGUUUUGUGUUGGCCUUUUUUACUUUUUUUGUUUUUUUAAACACAUUUUUUGCUGGGUGGCCUUUUAUGUAGCAGACAAAGUGAACGGAUCUUCUACAUGAGCUGCAGAAAUGGACUAGAAACCCAUGUGUGACAGGGCAGCCGCUGCAACUCGUGGAAUAACUUAACGCCCGACUGUCGGGGUGUCACUCCUCCACCUGUCUGAAGGCAGAGCCCUCUCUCCAAUGGCAUGGGUCAAGUUCUUCAGGAAGCCGGGGGGCAAUCUGGGGAAAUCGUACCAACCGGGGAGCAUGCUGUCUCUGGCCCCCACCAAAGGACUGCUCAACGAACCGGGCCAGAACAGCUGCUUCCUCAACAGUGCCGUGCAGGUACUGUGGCAGCUGGAUAUCUUCCGACGCAGCUUGAGGCAGCUACCUGGUCACUUCUGUCUGGGAGAGUCCUGCAUCUUUUGUGCACUAAAGGGCAUCUUCUCCCAGUUCCAGCACAGUCGGGAGCGCGCCCUGCCCUCGGACAACCUGCGUCACGCCUUGGCAGAGACCUUUAAGGACGAGCAGCGCUUCCAGCUGGGCUUCAUGGAUGAUGCCGCGGAGUGCUUUGAGAACAUACUGGAGAGGAUCCACCUGCACAUCGUCCCCGAGGAGACGGACGCCUGCACUUCCAAGUCGUGCAUCACGCAUCAGAAGUUUGCUAUGACACUUUAUGAACAGUCUGUGUGCCGUAGCUGUGGGGCGUCCUCUGACCCGCUGCCGUUCACAGAGCUGGUGCAUUACGUCUCCACCACCGCACUCUGUCAACAGACGCUGCAGCGCAGAGACGAGUCAUUUGGGGAACUGUUACAAGCAGCAAGUACGAUAGGGGACCUUCGCAACUGUCCAAGCAACUGUGGCCAGAGGAUUAGGAUCAGACGGGUCCUCAUGAACUCCCCAGAGAUCGUUACCAUCGGCUUCGUCUGGGACUCGGACCAGUCGGACCUCACAGAAGACGUUAUCCGCUCGCUGGGGCCUCAUCUCAGUCUUUCUGCACUCUUCUACAGGGUGAUGGAUGAGCAUGCCAAAAAAGGAGAGCUGCUGCUGGUGGGGAUGAUCUGCUACUCCAGCCGUCACUACUGUGCCUUUGCCUUUCACACCAGGUCCUCCAAAUGGGUCUUCUUUGAUGAUGCCACGGUGAAAGAGAUCGGCUCCAGGUGGAAAGAUGUGGUCAGCAAAUGUAUCAAAGGUCACUUCCAGCCUCUCCUCCUCUUUUACGCCAACCCAGAAGGGAGUGCUAUCACCAUAGAUGAUGCCUCAAGAAAAAACAGCAGCCAUUCUCACUCCAAGACCUCCGUCAAUGGAGACGUGCACGGCGUAGAGUCUCCAGUUGUGGCCCACAAGAAGCUGGACCUCACUAGGGAGAAUCUGAACGCUCUGUUGGGCCACGGCUCCUUCAAGCAGAAGACCCCUUCGACCCUCAGCAGGGGCAGCGUUCAGCCCACUGGAGAACGGGGACCAGUUAAAAUUGUCUCCAGCGAUCCCAAAAGCCGCCUCGGGGAUAUUUCUCGAGAAGUUGCCCAGAAAGCCGGAGCGUUGCGUGGGAUGCAUCCGCCCAGAAGAGAGCCUGACCGGAGCGGUCACCGGAGGCCGGAGUCACGCUACAGAGAGCCGCGUCCGGACAGGAACUACUCCCGCUCCGUCUCCCCUCCAGAGAAUGGCUUCAAACAACACCUGGAGACUCGCCUGUACAGCAGCCAAGGGAAAGGGCCCAUACGGACGGAGCGAAUACCCCACCUUGGUGGACGGUCCUCGCAUGAGCCCUCUCGCUCUCACUCGAAGGUCCAAGUGUUGCCCAGUGGUCAUCACGGCCGUAAAUUGGACCACGUCUCCAACGGAUACGAUACCGACAGCAGCCGAGACUCCAGGGACCGUCCGGCAAGCGGAGGCCACAGCCGCAGCAGAAGGCCCGGCCGGCCCUGGAAGCCGAUGCGCGACGCGUUGAACGUGGACAGUGUUUUAAGCGGCGGUGGGAAUUCGGUUGGUCAAGAGCGAAGGCAGCACAGCCCGCGGAGAAGACCCAGCAGUCAGUCGCCCUCCCGCGACCGAGAGCGAGAUUUGCCGUGGGCAGACAGAGAAGAACGCAAACCCAAGAGCCUAAUGACCAUCUACGAGGACGAGCACAGGCAUGAAACGGGUGGCAGCCGAAGCUCGCUGGACUCGGAUGGCCGGGGCGGCUACGGUGACAAAGACGGGUCAAAGGGCUCGGCCCCUCUUAAAGUGCGGAAUGACAACUGGAAGAUCCAGCGGACUGAAUCUGGAUACGAAAGUAGCGACAGGCUCAGCAACGGCUCGGCAAACCUCGACUCGCCUGUGGUGGACGACCUUUCUUCCAAAGACCUGCAGACCAUUCCUGAGCUGCACCUCACAAGGGAUCACUUCCCUCACAGAAGAAGUGACGAUGUGAUUGCAAACAUAUUGCACUCCACCGGCGAACAACGAAGACGAUCUCCAGAUCUCCGAGAUGAAGACGUCCCAUCUGGUCCGUUCAUACGAAGAAGAAGAGCCUUCCGGUACACUCCCGGGAUCUUUGAAAAGAACGAUGGCGUGGGCAGCGAGCAAGAGGAAAACGUGGACGGCAGCCCCGUGAGCCCCGUGAGCCCCGUGCUCCGCUACCUGGCGAAGACCAGCAGUCCGGAGUGGAACAGCUCCGAUGACCUCGCCGGACCGCUCUCCGAACAAGAGGAGGCCGACGCCUUUGGCCACACCGACGCUUCCUCGCACCACCAUCCCCCGCCUUUACCCCCCAAGAGCUUCGGCCCCGCACUCUCGCACACCACCCUCAUCCGUCGGUGGAUCGAGACGCCUGCCGAGCACAGGUUUUCGUCGGACGCCAGCUCCAAGUCGGGGUCAUCGGAUCAGGACCGGAACGACCUGUCGGCCAGCGAGAGCGACGAGCGCUUGCCCAGUCCCAACCCGGGACACGGCGACGGCACGCACUCCCCCGGUCUGACGGAGAUGGCUCUUCCCACCACUUACUUUUCCGUGGAUAGCUGUAUGACCGACAGCUACAGGGCCAAAUACCACAAGAGACCAGCCCACCUGAAAGCAGAAGACCGCGCGUCAUCGGGGGAGAGCGACGUGGAAGGGAGGCUCCCUGUGCCAGACGUUCAGCCACCAGAGCUUUCCAAAAGCAGAUCACAAUUAGGCUAUCCGACCACAAAGACGACGGCAAAGUGGAACCCGGUUGCUUCAAAAGGACUCGACGAGCACGGUUUCUUAUGAUUUUAGCAAAAGCAUCAAUCGACCGAGGAUAAUCCAGAGACUGGAUGCCAAAAAUAAUUGCUAUGCACUAUGGCUGCUACACAGUUUGACUCCUACUGACUGGGAUGGGUAUUAGUAUAUAUAUAUUUACAUAUACUUGCCAUACAGAACGUGGACAUGAAACUGAUGCUAACGAGAUUGUAGAAGGAAUGGCAGGUGUCCUUAACGGCUGCCCUUCUGUUUAGGUUUGAACGACUAAACACUUUGAAUGAAUAGUGAAUUUGCACAGUGAAGAGCACCAGAAAGGUCCAGGAAACCGGAUCAUGCCUCCGACAAGUUGCCGUUUGACUGCUCCAAAGCAAAAGGGGGUGGGGUUUGUGAAGAAUGUGUCACAAAAAGCCACUUUAGCACACAAGAGAUUAAAAGUUUAAUUGUACGUGAAGAUAUCGCUAAAUUUUUUCUUUCUGUCACUUCAUGUAAUGCUUUAUUUGUUUAUUUAAAUAGACCCAUCCUCGUGUUACACGGUGUCUGUUCCAAUUAUCUCUUUUUAAAAUGAUAUACAUAGCUUUUUUUUUUCUACUUUUGGAAAAUAACUCAACCUCUUGGCCACUCUUUUGGCACAACUUAAAAGUGGAUCCCACGGAUCCGUGUGAUUAUUAAGCUCCGGGACUUCGUCGCAGGUCUGAUGCUUCCUGUCGGUACGUGGGAGUUUACCGACCUCCGCAAGUCAGACGUUUAUUUCUUUGUGUCUCUUCUUUGGUCAAAACUUCAACCAGAGGAGGUCGUAACCUCUCUGACCACCAGGGUGUCCAGGGCCGACGCGGUGAUGGGUACAUGUGAAGAUUGAUUGGUUCUGGGGAGAAGAGUGUGUGACGCAGUGACUGGAGGCCCAUCCAGAACGGUGUUCAUUGUCUUUGCACUGCGUUUCUGUUUUGAUUACUUUCUGUUCACACUCCGUACGGAUAUAAGCUUAAUAUUUUUUGAAAUCAAUGAUGCAGUUCUCUGUCCUGUUUCUUAAGAAUAGUUUCUAUUCGCAGCAAGUCUGCACUUGUAGGACGUGAAGAUGUACACUCGUCAUCUAGAGACGGAUGAGCGUUUGUUAUUGUUUUUUGAGCGGGAUUAUUGAUGAUGAUAUGUUUGUUGUGGACUACGUUUCGGUUCAAGAUGUUUUAUAUAUAUAUAUAUAUAUAUGAAGCAGACUCUAAUGCACAGUGCCUUUUGUAUUUUUCUAUGUCGUGACUACAUUAGAUUUGGAGCCAUGAUUUGUACAAUCCUGUGAUUUGGAAGAAUUUUUGAAACUUUAUCGAUUAAUAAUUGUUAAAUAAACUUUUAUUUAACCAUAUGUGUGUCAAGAUAUGUCUUAUGGAAUUGCACAAAGUUUAGAUUAUAGCAAUGCUGAUCUAUUUUGUAAUGGGACACCGAGUCGCAUCAAUGUUUAUUUUGAUAUUAUGAGUCCUGACUAUAACAAAUAAAUAGUGUUUACUGAAACUAAAUGUACAUGAUUGUAUUCCUGACGCUGGGAUACUUAGUGAUGUGCUGCCACCUGCUGCCAUGUAUCCUAAUGCACCUUCUAGAAGAAACGGAUCCUCAAAUAAAAAUCCACUCUUAAUCUCA